AGCACAGAAGAUCCCACAAUCGAUACAUCAAUCGUUGUUUCCAUGAUUCCCAAACAUGGCUAGGCUUCUUCCAAUUCUAGCAACCCAAUUGAUCUUUCUCUCCUUAAUCACUGUUUUAGCCAUAGCAGAGAAUCAAGACCAUCAAUUUGUGAGAAGAUUGAGCAAGAAAGAAUUGGGUCUCAAGAGAGAAAAACUAAGCCACUUCCGCAUAUAUUGGCAUGACAUCCUUUCAGGUUCAAACCCAAGUGCUGUCCAAGUGGUGCCUCCACCACUAAACACAUCGCUUACAGGCUUCGGUUUGGUUCGAAUGAUCGACAAUCCACUCACAACAGAGCUGGAUUUGGGCACAAAAUUAGUUGGGAGGGCACAAGGAUUUUAUGCGUCCGCGUCGAAAGAGGAUUUUGGUUUCUUGAUGGUUAUGAAUUUCGCUUUCAGUGAAGGAAAGUACAAUGGCAGCACCAUAACCGUGUUGGGGAGGAACCCGAUUUUGUUGCCGGUUCGAGAGAUGCCGGUGAUCGGUGGCAGUGGGCUUUUCCGAUUCGCUAGAGGGUAUGCUCAUGCUUCUACUGUUAAGUUUGAUGUGAAAACAGGAGAUGCCACUGUUAAGUAUGAUUGUUAUGUUUUGCAUUAUUGACCUUUUUGUUGUUGUUUUUUUACUUUUUUUUUGGGUCCUUUUGAGUUGUUCAUGAUUUCAUGUUGAAUAACUGAGGAAGAAUAGGCUUCACUCAUCUCUUUCUUUUUUUAGUUGUCGUUUCAGAAAAUUGUGUUACGGGUACGUAGUUUGUCCA